CGCACCCGCUCCACGCGACACGGGCGGGAACCGCGAGGCCAACGGCGAGAGCGCGAGCAGGCGGAAAGCCACGCUACGAUUGGCUGACAGGUGAGCACGAGAACGGGGGCACCGGCCGGGCGUGGCGAAGGCCGCGCUACCGCAGCGGAGACCGGGUGCGGGACACGGAGCACCUCAAGCCGCAGAUUCAGCGCCGAGGGCGGGAUUAGAAAAGACCGAAAUGAACCGCCGGCCGCACAUUCAGGCCUUAAAAUAAAUCAGCGGCGGGCAUAUUCCAGUGGUCAGCCCGGAUUGGCCGCGCCCGACGACGGGAAAGGAACAACUUCCAUGUUCAAAAGCGCCGGCAGGGAAAGGGGCGGAGCUUGACGGGGCGCGGUGACGUCAGAGCGCCGAGCCGUGUCGUCACGCGUGGGGGUUUCUUGGAUGUGCGGAGCGGCAACAUUGUACGGAGUGUGAUUGUGGAGUUUACUGAUCAAUGAACAGCCUCGCUGUGGGAGUCAACAGGAAGCAGCAUGGUUUAGGAGCUGGAGUACUUUUUGUGAAAAGAGAUUAAGGCCAUCAGGAGAUUUUGGGAUAUUGAAACCUGUGAAUUUUGAUGUCUGUCUCCAGUUUUGGUGUGGAUACAAAACUAAUCCACCUUCAGUCAUCCUGGUGCUGACCUCUGACCUCAUGUCUGUGCCUGUUAUGGACAAACACAAAGUAAAGCGAGCACGUCUCGAUCGUAUUUGUGAAGGCAUUCGUCCUCCCAUUUUAAAUGGCCCAAUGCACCCACGCCCAUUAGUGGCACUUUUGGAUGGCCGGGAUUGCACUGUAGAGAUGCCAGUCCUGAAGGAUGUUGCGACAGUGGCCUUCUGUGAUGCACAGUCUACUCAGGAGAUACAUGAGAAGGUACUGAAUGAAGCAGUGGGUGCCCUAAUGUACCAUACCAUUACAUUAACACGGGAAGACCUUGAGAAAUUCAAAGCACUUCGAAUUAUCGUCAGGAUUGGCAGCGGUUAUGACAAUGUCGACAUCAAAUCUGCAGCAGAUUUGGGGAUUGCCGUUUGUAACAUUCCCUCGUCGUCAGUAGAAGAAACAGCAGAUUCGGCAUUGUGUCACAUAUUAAACCUUUACAGGCGGUCAACGUGGCUCCAUCAAGCCUUGCGAGAGGGUACAAGAGUGUCAAGUGUUGAGCAGAUCCGAGAAGUAGCAGCUGGAGCAGCUCGAAUCCGUGGAGAAACUCUGGGCAUCAUUGGACUGGGCCGUAUUGGUCAGGCAGUAGCUUUGCGGGCCAAAACAUUUGGAUUCAGUGUAAUCUUCUAUGAUCCAUACCUGCCAGAUGGAGUGGAGAAGUCGCUUGGUCUGCAGAGAAUUAGCACCUUGCAGGAUCUGCUGCUUCAUAGUGACUGUGUGACCUUGCACUGUAGCCUAAAUGAGCACAAUCAUCACCUCAUCAAUGACUUCACCAUAAAACAGAUGCGUCAAGGCGCAUUCCUGGUGAACACUGCACGAGGAGGUCUGGUAGAUGAAAAAGCAUUGGCACAGGCACUGAAGGAUGGACGGAUACGGGGGGCAGCUUUGGAUGUUCAUGAAUCAGAGCCUUUCAGCUUUAGUCAGGGGCCUUUGAAGGAUGCGCCAAAUCUCAUUUGCACCCCACACACAGCGUGGUAUAGUGAACAGGCUUCAAUUGAAGUGCGAGAAGAGGCAGCUAGAGAAAUCCGAAGAGCUAUCACAGGACGGAUUCCAGAUACCUUGAAAAAUUGUGUGAAUAAAGAGUAUCUAGCUGCAGCUGCACAGUGGACUGGCAUUGACCCUGUGGCUGUACAUCCUGAGCUGAAUGGUGCUGCUUACAGAUUCCCGAGUGGAGUGGUUGGGGUAACAGCAGGAGGUAUCCCUGCGGCAGCGGUUGAAGGAAUCGUAGCGGGUGCCAUCCCUAUGCAGCAUGGGAUGCCUUCAGUAGCCCAUCCUUCUCACACACCAUCCCCAGGCCAGACAGCCAAAUCGGAACCAGACAGAGAUAUCCCUGCUGACCAAUAGCAGCUCUCAAGAGAAGAAAAGAAAUGGCAUUCCUCACCUUUUUUGACCUUUUAACCUUCUGUCAGGAUGCAGCCCAAAAGUUCGCAGCAAAAAAGAAAAAUAAGUGGGACUACAAAAUGUAGUUAAUGCAGUUAAAUGAAGCGUGGAAUCUUACUGCAUUUCCAAUUGACGUCUGUAAUUCUGUGACCUUAUAUGAAAAGGAAAGAAACCUUGUAGUACCUCAAGUCAGCCAUGAAUGUACUCUGUCUGUGUACAGUUUUGUAGAAGCCACAGAUUUGUUUAGCUGUGAAUAUACUUUUUAAAAAGAAAGUGAAAAUAUACAAGACUUCCUACUUUUGCAUAUGGAGAUGCUUUGUCAGUGCACAGAAUUCUCAGGCAAAAAAACCUUCAUGAUUUCUUGUCUUAGUUUAUUCAGCAACUUGCACCAAGUUCCUUCAAAAUUUUUAUUAUGGUGGCUAUAAACGUCCCAGGUUAGCUGGUAUCCCAAUUACAAUAUUUGGUGGAAAAUACGUCAUACCAGUAGACUGAAAAUGUGCUUUCUCUCUCUCCCUCUUGCACUCAUCUUCUCCAUAACUCAUCAGUUUUUUUUAAUUGUUUAAUGCUUUUGAUGUUCGAAGUCUAGUCAUAAAGAAACUCUUAUGUGAGCUGAUCUCUACCGUACCUACUCAUUUUUGCAAUUCAAUUAGGGCAGUGCGAUUCAGGUUUGAUUUUGCUAUCCCCAUUGUCAUUUGUGUUUUGUUCCUGCAGUUUAUUCAUACUUGGCCAUUUUUUUUUCCUUUCCAUUUAAAACUACUUUCUUCUCUCAAAUACCCCACCACCUCAACACCACCCCCCCCCAAAUAAAAAUAUGCAAUCUCUGGAUGAGAAAUGGUUUUCAUUUAAUAAGCAGCACAUGGAUUUUUAUUUGGCUUGUUGCAUAGAGCACUACAGUAGUAAGUGUGGAUUGGGUAACUCCUCUGGAGAGUUGGCUUUUUUCCUUUAUCUCAAUUUUAAAAAGAGCUUUUUUUAGAAUCUGUUUCUAUAAGCAUUAAAUCUGUUGGCACUCACCAAUAUUCCAGUACAACCUUGCAUCAAGUAUACCUAUAGGGACUUGAAGCAACUAUUAUCUUUGCACCAUGAUUUUUACAAAUGCAUUUUGACAUUUUAAACAAAUACCCAAGGAUUUUUUUCUUCUGUUUAGAAUGAGAAUUUUUGUCAGUUAUAAUGUGAAGUAGAAACCAUAUUAGGAAUUUGAACAGAAUCAUUUGCUGUGCUGUUAUGGCCAUUGAAACUGUGAGUCCUGGCACCCAAUUGCUAAAUAAGUUUUAAAUCCUUCCCCAUGCUUCUUGCUCCCUGAUCAUUUUUUUUUUGUUAGAAACAAUCAUGUUUGUGGCUGUAAUCAUUGGUAUGAGAUAUUUUAAUAAAACCCAACAAAAAUGA